AUGUUCAAACCUACCAUCUUCUGCGUAGCGCUUGCUUUCUUCAGCGCCGCCUCGGCCUCACCUGUGCAGGUUGCUGAACGCCAGGACUCGAAUUAUACUACACCAAUGACCACAUGGAUUGCCUCCGCCACCUGUAGUGGGAAUGGCAUUCCACUGCCCGGAACUAUCACGUCAGGGCUGUGUCUCCAGUUCCGCGGAUUAAGCUACGCAGUCUCUGCACUGCCAGAUGAUGAUUGCACGUUCACGACAUAUAAGUCCUUGAAUUGCAAGCCAGAGAAGCUCGACACGGUGUACAAUAUUCCGGCCGGCAAUGAGACACAAAGGCUUCUAGAGCUCUUGCAGAGCAUUCAAGUUCCUGAUACCGCUCGAGUAAAGGCGGCGACGAGCGCGCUGCGAAAGGACUUCUAUCCUCAUCCGCAAACGCUUCUAUGGCUCCUGCAUAUUCUCACCUCUCAUGAUACCCCCCAAAUCCGGCAGCAGGCAGCUGUCGAGGCGCUCCGAUUGGUACCAAAACACUGGGCUGCGCAAUCAGCCGAGCAGAGACCGGCCAUCCGCCAGAGGCUGUUGGAAUCAACUUUAGCAGAGCAAAAGCCCCUUGUGCGGCAUUCCUCGGCUCGCAUUAUUGCUGCUAUUGCUAAGAUCGAUCUGGAAGAUGGGGAGUGGACCACUCUUCCUGAUCUCCUUGCGCAGGCGGCAACGGCAAAGGAAGUUUCACAUCGUGAAGUAGGCAUCUAUAUCCUUUUCACUUUGCUUGAGAUUGCUGGCGAUACGUUCGAAGAGAAAAUCCCAACUCUUUUUUCCCUCUUCAACACUACGAUCAAAGACCCAGAGAGCGCGGAAGUCAGGAUCAAUACCUUGCUGUGUCUCAGCAGAAUUGCUAUGUUGAUCCAACCAGACGAGGACCCGGAGAAUCUUGCACGAUUUGUGCAGAUUUUCCCUGGCAUGGUCGGUGUGUUGAAGUCUGCCAUUGACGAGGACCAUGAGGAACGCACGAUGCAGGCGUUCGAAGUGUUCCAGACUCUGCUUGGCUGCGAAUCAGCAUUGCUGAACACCCAUUUCAAAGACCUCCUGACAUUCAUGAUCGACAUCUCUUCCAAUAAAGACAUCUCAGAUGACUCUCGGAAUCAAGCAUUGUCUUUCCUGAUGCAGGCGGCUAGAUUCCGCAAAAUGAAAAUCCAAGGCAUUCGGGAUAUGGGUGAGACCCUCACUCUAAAAUGCAUGGAGAUUGCUACGGAGAUCGAUGACGAUGAGGAUGAGGAGGAUGAAGUCAAUCCACAUCGGUCGGCCUUGGGUCUCUUGGAUUUGCUUGCAACCAGCCUACCCCCGAGGCAGGUCAUCGUCCCGCUUCUCAAAGCACUCCCUCAGUAUAUCAACCAUGAGUCUCCUCGAUAUCGCCAAGCUGGCAUUUUAUCUCUUGGAAUGUGUGUUGAAGGUGCUCCGGAUUUCAUCAGCACCCAACUUGAUACUUUAAUGCCCGGUGUCAUGAAGCUCCUGAAUGACCCUGUUAUUGGUGUCCGGCAUGCUGCUUUGAAUGGCGUGGCCAGGUUAGCGGACGACCUCACAGAUGAGUUAGCCAAAUACCAUGCUCAACUGAUUCCAGCAUUGCUGAAGAACCUCGACGCCGCCAAUGUCCAGGCAUCAAACGAGAAUGACCAACAGAAGAACCUUGAAAUUUUGAAGGCGUCCUGUGGGGCCCUGGAUUCCGUUACAGAUGGCCUUGAUAAGGAAACAAUGUCGGCAUAUCUUCAAGAGCUUGUUCCUCGUCUCGGUCGGCUAUUUAGCCACCCCGAUCUCAAUGUCAAAGCAAGUGCUGCUGGUGCAAUAGGAUCUAUGGCUGGCUCUGCAAUGGAUGCUUUCUUACCGUACUUUGAGUCGACGAUGAAAGCUCUCUCGGAAUAUGUCACCAUUAAGGAUAGUCAAGAAGAACUUGAUCUUCGUGCUACUGUUUGCGAUGCCAUGGGUAGCAUGUCACAAGCUGUUGGCGCUCAAGUGUUCCAGCCAUACGUUCAGCCAUUGAUGCAAGCCAGUGAGGAAGCACUACACUUGGGCCACCCCCGCUUGAGGGAAACCAGUUACAUUCUGUGGAGUACCUUGGCUAAGGUGUAUGGAGAGGAGUUCACUCCAUACCUUGACGGAGUCUUCAAGGGCCUCAUGGAGAGUUUAGAUCAAGAAGAGUCGGAUCUGGAAGUCGAACUCGGCGAAGAAGCCCAAGAUCUUCUUGGCCAGGAAGUCAUUAUUGCCGGCAAGAAGAUUAAGGUUACAUCUGCAAGUGACGAGCCAGAAGACCUCAACGAAAUGGACGAUGAUGACGAUGACGAAGACUGGGAUGAUAUGACUGGCGCGUCGGCGGUCGCCUUUGAGAAGGAAAUUGCAAUCGAAGUACUUGGUGAUGUCCUGUCCCAUACUCGGAAGCACUUCGUCCCUUACUUCGAGAAGACCGUUGAGACCGUUAUGGGUUUGGUUGAGCAUAGUUACGAGGGUGUUCGCAAGACCGCUAUCGGCACUCUAUGGCGUGCAUACGCUUGCCUCUGGGCGCUAAUGGAGGACCACACUGGCGAGAAGUGGACCCCUGGCUUGCCCGUCAAGUCCCAACCGUCCCAAGAAGUCCUCAAGCUAGGUGAAGUUGUCACCACAGCAACGCUUUCAUUGUGGGAAGAUGAAGUUGAUCGGGCUGUCGUCACAGAUAUCAACAGGAAUGUCGCUGCGACCCUGAAACUCUGCGGGCCAUCAAUUCUUACCCAAGGCUCAUUUGCAGAGCGUACGAUGUCCGUUUUGGGAGCCAUCGUCACAAGGUCACAUCCUUGCCAGCAAGACAUGGGUGAUGAAGAGGACCAUGAAUCCGUGGAUGACGAGGAAUCGUCGGAAUACGAUUGGCUUGUGAUUGAUACCGCUAUGGAUGUGAUUAUUGGGCUCUCCGCUGCCCUCGGUGACCAGUUCUCUGAGGCAUGGAAGGUAUUCCAAAAACCAAUUAUGAAAUUCGCCUCGUCUCAAACAAACUAUGAGCGUUCCACCGCCAUCGGUGUCAUCGCUGAAUGCACUGACAAUAUGGGUGCUGCGGUUACACCUUACACCUCAUCCCUCCUCAAGCUGCUUUUGCACCGACUCACCGAUGUGGACAUGGAGACCAAGUCAAACUCUGCGUAUGCCACUGGUCUGCUAGUCUUCAACUCGACGGACUCUGCCACAUAUCUUCCAAGCUACCCAGAGAUCUUGCAAAAGCUAGAACCACUGCUCCAUACUCAAGUCGCCAGGACUCUUGACAAUGCAGCUGGAUGCGUUUCCCGCAUGAUUAUGGCUCAUCAAGACCAGGUUCCCCUCGAUGACAUCUUGCCUGUGCUUGUCUCCCUACUUCCAUUGAAGGAGGACUACGAGGAGAAUAAGCCGAUUUAUGAGUGCAUUACUGGCUUAUAUCAACACGAGAACGGCACCAUAAUCGGGCUCACUCCAAAACUAAUUCCUGUAUUCGAGUCUGUUAUGGGCGAGCCAGCGGAGCAAUUGGAACCUGAUACUCGUGAGAGGGUCAUUGCUACCAUCAAAUUUAUUCAUGGAAAGAACCCGAGUUUGAUUCAAGGCCACCAGGCGUUGAUGAGUUGUGUCUAA